CUGUUUUCCUCUGCGGGUGCGGGUGAAACCGAGGCCUCAUUUGGAAGAGUCACUCGGCUCAGCCAGGCACGAUGGGAAGGAAAAAAAUCCAGAUCUCACGCAUUCUAGACCAACGGAACAGGCAGGUGACAUUCACCAAACGCAAGUUCGGACUGAUGAAGAAGGCUUACGAGCUGAGCGUGCUGUGUGACUGCGACAUCGCACUGAUCAUCUUCAACAGCGCGCAGCGCCUCUUCCAGUACGCGAGCAGCGACAUGGACCGGGUGCUGCUCAAAUACACCGAGUACAGCGAGCCGCAUGAGAGCCGCACCAAUGCGGAUAUCCUGCAGACCCUGAAGAGGAGGGGCGUGAGCCUGGAUGGGCCUGAGCUGGAGGUGGAGGAGGGGCCAGACGGGCCUGGAGAGAAGCUGCUGAGGACGCUGGGAGGUGACAGAGGCUCGGCUUCGCCCCUGCCUCGGAUCUAUCCGGUGGCCCCUGCGAUGUCGGUCUCAGAGCUGUCCUACCGGGUCCCACUCGCCCCACCCGGCUGCGACCCCAGCGGGUUGGGGGAGGACCCGUCUGUCCACAGCCUCCCGCCCCUCUUUCGACCCCCGGGCCUGGGACACCCCAUCUUCUCUCCGAGCCACCUCGCCGGCAAGACGCCCCCACCCCUGUACCUGGCGACUGAUGGGCGGAGGCCAGAUCUGCCCGCGGGCCUGAUGGGGGCCCGAGGGGGACUGGGCAUCUCGAGGAGCCUGUACAGCGGCCUGCAGAGCUCCGCCGCCGCCCCGGGCCCCGCUUUGGGUAGCUUUGCCUUCCUGCCAACAAGUUCCGCAGAUUGCAGCCCCGGAGACACCGCUUCGCUCCCCCUGCAGUCCUCGCCCUGGCCCCCGACGAGGGACGCGGUGGACCCGGCCCGGCCGGGCGCCCGCAGCAUGUGUGAGGAGGGUCCCCCCAGCCGAGUGGCCUCCCCUCAAAUGCCCACCAUCAGCAUUAAGUCCGAGCGUCUGUCCCCUGCCACUGGGGCCUCUAGCGACUUCCCCAGGCCCUACCCCUACCCCCUGCUCCUCACCAGGCCCCUAGCGGAGCCACUUCGGCCUGCGACCUCCCUGAGUCGCUUGACCCCUGACGGCUGGCCGCGGUAGCGCCCAGAAGGCUCCUCUCAGCCUCCACAGACAUCCCGCAGUUUCCGGUUCCCUGCACAGCCAGGAGGGCGAAGGCACUUGAUGCCCCUCACUCGUGAGGCCCCUGUUCCUUCCUGGGGCCGCUGCAUCAAUAAAGCCCACGGCUCCGGGAGGGCGCUGGGAAG